GUCCCUCUUUCUAUCUGGGUUCCCUAAGUCUCUUACUUCCCCGUCCUAGACAACUCAGCUAGGUACCCACAAAACAAGACACAACACAACGAAGCCUCUUAAGAACAUCAGCAACCGGACUUCGCCAACACAAUGACCCAAACAAUUGUAGUCCUGGGAGGUGCCUACGCAGGCGUGGGAGUUGCACAUCGACUUCUGAAACACACCAAACCCUCGGUUAAGGAUUUAAAAGUUAUCCUCGUUUCCAAGAAUAGCCACUUCUACUGGAACCUGGCGUCGGUCCGUGCCAUCGUGCCGGGCGCGCUGAAGGAGGAGCAGUACAGCCUGCCGAUCGAGAAGGGCUUCGCCAAGUACCCGGCGGACGCGUUCGAGUUCGUGCUCGGGUCGGCGGAGGGCGUCGACGUCGCCGACAAGACCGUCCGCGUCGCGACCGCCGGCGGCGAGGAGAAGGUGCUCAAGUACGACCACCUCGUCGUGGCGACGGGCACGCGCACCGUCAACGCCUCCGUGCCCUGGAAGGGCAACGGCACGUACGAGGAGACGGCGGCGCAGAUCGCCGGGAUCCAGGACAAGGUCCGCAACGCGUCGCACAUCGUGAUCGCGGGCGCGGGCGCGACCGGCGUCGAGGCCGCCGCCGAGCUCGCCUUCGAGUUCGGCGCCAAGAAGGAGGUCGUCCUGCUCUCGGGCGACGCGGAGCUGCUGGGCGGCGACAGCCUGGCGUCGAACGUGGCAACGGAGCUGAAGAAGCUGGGCGUCAAGGUGCGCAAGUCGGCGCGCGUCGUGGAUACAAAAGAGCUGCCCGACGGCAAGACCGAGGUCGAGCUCCAGGGCGGCGAGAAGAUCGCGACGGACCUGUACCUCCCUACCAUGGGGGUCGCGCCCAACACCGAGUUCCUGCCCGCGAACCUGCUGACGAACAAGAAGUUCGUCGACAUCGACGAGUUCUACAAGGUCAAGGGCGCAGAGAACGUCUGGGCCGCCGGCGACGCCGUCUGGAAGCCCAAGGGGAGCUUCGUGCUUGCGGAUAAGCAGGCUGCCGGUGUCGCCAAGAACAUCGACCUCGCCCUCAAGGGCAAGCCGCCCGUCGUCGUCAAGACGAUACCGAUGGACGUCCUGUUCGUAGCCACGGGCCGCAGCCGCGGUGCCGGCCGCCUGGGCUCGGUCAAGGUCUUCUCCAUCAUGGUGUAUAUGAUCAAGGGAAAGACGCUCGGCACCCAGCAGUUGGCAGGCUACGUCGACGGUAGUGCUUUCUAGACGGUCGUGUUCUGUCUAUGAUUCCUCUUGGAUGGAUGAACCGAUCCCUACGUUGUGUAUUUUGGAUGACGAUGACGUCGGACAAAUAGGUAGCUGUGUGUGAUGAAAGAAGGGGGAGACCGAAAAGAAAAGAGAAGAGAGAUCGUAAUGUGUAACCUCCCUAAAGAUAGAUACCCCUACCCCCUUUUUGAUGAUAGGACGCUUCUUGGUAGUCAGUAGCGUUGUAAUAGAGAAUAGAUGGUAUUUCUCGUGAUAAAAAAACACCUUCAAGUUCUUACCCUUUCGUCUAUUUGCGAUUUAUAGACCCUGGA